AUGCUAUAAAAACAUUACUUUUCAAUGAGAGAUGAAGGAUAAAAUAUUGAAAUAGGAAACCCCUUUCUUCUUAGAGAUAAGCUUUAAGGUAUUGAUAUCCUAGAAAUUAAGAUUAAAUUAAUAUGACUUCAAUUUCCUAAAUUGCCAGUGUAAAAGGAUUCGAUACAGUAUUUAUUUUAGCUUUUAGACAUCGUUAAUUCUAAUUAAAAACUUAUACAGCAUCAUAACGUUAAUUUUUUGAUUGAAAGUAUUUUAUAUUUGUAGAAUAUCAUAAAUAAUUUGAAGGAGAUAAUAAUCCGAUCGAAAAGGAUGAAUUUGAUAAAGAAACAAUCACUUAAUUAUUAAACUUAAAGUCGAGAAAAAUCAAUUAUAUAUAAUAGUUUUACAAAAAUGAUUUCAAGAAUGAUGGUGUAAUCAAAUCUUAUUAAAUUUGA